AGGGAACGGAGCGUCGAGAUAGUCGACGAGGACGCUGGGUGGUGAGUGCCACCUUUUCGGGUACUCCUAGGUCCUACCGUCAGGACCAAGGGGCUUGUUUCUUUGGUUCUCGCGUUCCUCGAGGGAAACAAGAGAAGGACAGAUCGAUAAACCGGCGUUCGAGCCACAGGCCACGGCGUGUUCUCUCGGUUGGCUCGGCUGUGGUGCGUGGGUGCGGGUGCGAGUGCGUGGAUCCUCUGUUUUCUCGCGUGCAUCAGGACCGAAGGACCGAGGGAGGCUGUCGGAAUCUCGCGGGGUGCGGCCACGACGAUGGUGAAGGCCCCGAGCGUGGGACCCUCCGCCGGGCCCCAGGGGAACAGGAAGACCCAAACUGGCCCGGAGAUCGCGAUUAAUCCGAGGAACUUGCAGGCAGAGUUCUCGGUUCCAACCCCGGGCAUCCGAGCAGAUGGCAAUUCCUUCGGCAAGACCACCGCCGUCUAUCAUCCCCAGGUGGACGUCUCGACCCAGGUGGAUGUGCAUGGCGGUUUCGGCGCAUCCGGCGGCAGCAUUAGCAUCGACUGGGAUCGGCGCGCGACACCGCUCUACUCCCGCGAGGACAUCAAAGAGCAGUACUGCAUAACUAGCCGGCAAUUGGACGCUGUCGAGAAAUCUGAGGGCGGUUUCUUCGGUUGCCUGUCGACGAAAGGACCCUCGCCGUGCACCUCUGCCCGCACCUCGAUCCUUUCCGCGUGUGUAAGAAGCGUCCCCAGCGACGAGAACCUCUGUGACGCGCCCUACCCUCGCCGGCCCUACCAGAUCAUGUACCGUCAGCCUCACCCGACCUAUCCGAGGGGUCUCUACCGUUACGACUUUGAGGAUGAAGCCGACUGGAUCAAGAGUUCCUACUUCCGGCGCCGACCCAGAUCUUUCUGCACCGUACCCGAUCCGAAGAGGUACACCUGGCUCCCAGAGGAUGAGGAAUCAACGAAGCUGGAAGGUCCUCGACCUGUACUGCCGCCAGCGCCACCGCCGCCCACUGCUCAAGCUCCGAAAACGAAGCACGUCAGCUUCGCCAGGUCGCACACGCUUACGUCCUUUGACGUCCCAAGGAGUAGAAGUCCCCCGAGACCACAGAACCAAGAACGGCUCAUAGAUUCUCAGCCAACGAUGCAGAAUGCGAUGCUCCCUUCGUCUUUACCUUUGAUGCACCCCUACGUUCCCAGUGAACCGCGGGUUGUUGUCCUCGAGAAGCCACCGAAACGCGGCGCGAUGAAAACCCAGGCGACCCAAACGGAAAUGCCGGCCGUGUUCCGUGGACGAGUUCCUGUCCGGCUCAGUCCCAGGACGAUACAUCGCGUGAAAAUGGUCUCGCAGGGCGCCCAGACAAACGGCCUGUUCAAUGGAAGAAAAUUAACGAAAAGUUACUCGGAGGCUGGUCAGCUGGGCACGCCGUUGGGCGGCGGUCAAGCCGGAGCAACGGGGAAGGAGGAAACGGAACACGAGCCACUUCACAGGACGCAGAGCGAAGAACCGCCGAGGUCUCCCUUCCUCGUCGACACCCCACCCCCACAGGAACCCGGUGCCACCGGCGCGACGGAAGAGAUUCUAACUAAUGGGGUUCCGGAACACAUCAGACACGUUCCUGAAGGUCAACGGAGAUCCAUCGAGGUGGACGACAAGGAAAUCCUCAUAGACUUUAAGCCUGCGCCCGUGUCGCCGGAUGCACGGAUUCUCCUGAACCGAUUGUCGGAGUCGACGGAGGUGUUCCUGCCGUUGCAGAAGAGCUUCUCCGACGGCAAAAUUCGGAUCGAGAGACGCGAGCUGAUCGCUGAAGUCGGCGAACCUUGUUAUCCUCACACGUGCAGAAGGAAUCACCCGGACCCUUGGGGCAGGACCGUCAGAGCACCCGUCCAAUUCUCCUCGACGCCAGAGGACCUGUCCUUGCUCAGGGUCGCUCCACUCCACGACGAUCAUCCCGAAGAGGAGUUUCACGAGAAUCUCAUCCGGAGAGGACUUUUCCGUAAGAGGAGCGUAUCGCUGGAGGAUGGCGUGCAAGGUUUAACGUCGGACGACUUUAUGCUACCGAGAUCACUUCCUAUAUCUCCCACGUCGCCGACUGCAGUCUCAAUACCGAGGAGAAUCUUACAAGAUCCUGUACUGGAUUUCGAGUCGCCAUUGAGGCUACUGCAACGAGCAGACGCACUAUGUCCGAUGGUUUUCAGUCCGGGAUCCGCACUCUCCGGUAUGAUCACAUCACCAUUCGCGUCAAGCGAUUCGUUAGCAAACGACAUCACGAGGGACCAUAGCGAUGGAAUUUGGAACGAGUCUCAGGCGACGGUCCUCCAGGCUGAUUCGUUGGCCCUUCUGACACCGUCCUCGAGGAGGAGACACCUCCUGCUUCUCCAACAUCAACAGCGAUCCUCGAUGGACACCGAGGCGCUCGAUGUUGAGGAAACAAUGGAAUCACGUUCAUCGAGUCCUAGGAUACGUCUUGCGCCCGCGAUGACCAUUCAACCGCUAACGCCAAGGCAAUUACUUCUCAGCGUCGAAUCGUCCACCACUCCGAGCAAUGGCAGACCGAGGAGCGCGUUCCGUCGUCCGAGUCCUGGUCCGCCGUUGUCGCAACCGCAGUCGCAAUCGUCGAGCGAGUUCGGUUUGAGCCUCGCGAGGACCGACUCGGGCGGUCGGACGAACACCGACCUGUCCGAGACCUCCGAGGACUACGUCACUGCCAACACCUCCACCGAGACUGGGACCACAACCGGCACCUCGGCGACGACCAGUUCCUGGUCGAGGCCGCCGCAGACAUCCAGCGCCGCGGCGUCCGCCUCGGCGACAGCCACUGCCGCCGAAGGAAGCUCCUUCGAGAGUGCUAGUUCCAUUUACAGCUUGGCUCGCAGCGAGGCUGUCGUUGAAGAACCGUGCAGUCCGCCGCCGAUACUGGAGGAAACGGAAAUUCCGUUUGGAUUGGAGGUGCCAGCAUCGCCGGCGAGGUCCAGCAGCAGCAGUAGCUCGGGCAGCUACGACCUGAAAGAUGCAAUGACAGAUCCGGGUCAGGAACUCGAGCAGACUGCGCCUCUGAGCGGACACACCUCAGAAACGGAACACGAUCGUGACGAAGGCCACCAUUCCUCAUCGGGCGGUUACGCCGAGUCUCCCCCGGACUCGCGCACCUGGAACGAAGAAGAACGUCGCAGGCGACGGAAAAACUUCACUCUGGACUUCAUGGGCAGCACCGUGGACACCGACCACGGCGCAGAGCCUUACCCGGAUAGCGUCGAAGUUAGCCCGACGCCGAGCCAUCGUCACAGACCGAAGGCCAAGUCUACGAGUGCUAAGAGUCCUCACCGGAACAAUAGGAAACGUGAAACUGCGCCACCAAGUCAAACGCAACAGCAGCCCCAACAACAACUUCCCAGGAGCCCGCCGAAAGAGGACUGGCGGGUGGAGUCGGCUGAAGACGCCGGCCAUGUCCAGACGUCGGACGACUCAAGCUGCAGCCAUCAUUAUCACAUGCAUCAUCAUCAUCAUCAUCACGCGCAUCGGGAGACUGCCGAAGGGGGAAGGCACAGGAGAACAAGGGAGAGUCCGCGGAAGAAAAGCGGCAGCUAUAUUUCUGCUCGGAGAAGAAGCAACGAGGACAAGGAAGCAGCGAUAACAGGUAGCCUGCCACGAAGAAGAUCACGCGCAGCGGACGACAUAGUGUGUUCGAGACUGAGUCCAGGCCGUUAUCAACACAGUCCGGGACACAACGGACAACGUGCCAUGGUUGUCGAGGCGCAGAGCCCGGAAGCGAGAUUAAAGGCACUCUCAGCGGAGUCUUUGAGGUCUGUCAGUCCUGGCAGCGACAGUGUCUUUUACAGCGAGAGCGCGGAUCAACUCACUGCCAGCCCCCACGUCACCCCUCAGUGCCAUAACUGCGGCAGAGAGGUCUCGGAAGAGAUCGUUCGACCGCCGGCAGGUUUCGCGGACUCCCCGGAAGGGCACAGGGCCACCCCGAAGUACGUGCCCGGGCACAGGCUCUACAAGAAGUUCGACAAGAAGUACCGAUCGGAGGACCGUGGCGACAGGAGGCAUCGGCGCAGCAGCGCGGGCAGAUCGGACGUCAGAGCGAAAUCCGAGGAGAGGGCCGCCACGAGGCAUGGGAGCAGAGGGUCCAUCGAUGAGAGCGCAAUGGGCAGAAAGAGGCUUCACGCGAGGAGCACGGACGUCAGUUUGGAAAUACUCACAGGUCGGGAAGACGAGGACAGCUACGUGGAGCCGUACACGAGCAGCGACUGGAUUUACAUCGGCGACCUCGAGGAGAGCCACGUGUGGAGAAGGCCGGACGGCAAGGACGACGAGGACGCGGUCCCGGAAAGUAUCGUUAAAGAACGGAGGAGCUCUCAGGAGUCGACGGAGAGCGAGAGGAACUUUUGGAAGUAUUACCAGGUAGCGACGCUCAAGAUGAUCCAUGGGAAGAUCAGCGGGGAGAUGUACAAAAGGAUACAGACGAAGAGUUUCGAGAGCGACAAGAGGGUUGUACUGAAACGCGAGUCCGGCGGCGAGUUCGGUUUGCGCAUUCAUGGCUCGAAACCGGUGGUGGUUUCCGCCAUCGAGCCCGACACGCCGGCGGAGACCUCCGGUCUCGAAGUUGGCGACAUCAUAAUGUCGGUGAAUGGUAAAAGUGUCAUGGACGCGACGCACUCGGAAAUCGUAAGGCUCGCGCACUCCGGCACCGAUGUCCUCGAACUCGAAGUAGCGAGAACCUGCAACGUGCUGGCGCCGAGGGUCGUCAGGCCAGGAACCAAAGAGGGUUCCGACGAGGCACCGCUUUGCUCCGGCUACCUAUGGAGGAAAUCCACGACCGCCUCCAGCACAGACAAAUGGGUUCGAAGGUGGUUUGCCCUGCGCCGUGACAAUUGCCUCUACUAUUACAAGACUGACAUGGACUCACAGCCAGUGGGGGCGGUAAUGCUGAUAAAGUACGACGUGGAGCAAACGCCCGAACUGAAGUUACAUAGUUUCGCGAUAAAGAAAAAGGGCGCACCGACGCUUCGACUCGCCGCCGACACUGAGGAGGCCGCGACCCGAUGGACGACUGUCGUUAAGGAAGCCAUAGAAAGAAACGACCAGGUCGGCACCUGGCUCGAAGCAUCGCUGAGAAUGCGUGAAAUGGCGCCGUGCGCCAUUCAGAGACCGGAUUGCUUCGGAUACCUGAGCAAGCAGCAAGAGCACGCCAGGAAGACCUCCUCACCGACCGGCUGGUCCAGGCGAUACUGCGUGCUGAAAGACGCGGCGCUUUACUUCUACGACGACGCGAACGCCGAGAAAGCUUUCGGAGUCGCCUGUCUUCACGGGUUCAGGGUGCACAGCAGCGCGCCGACUUCCGGCGGCAGGAGGCACGCGUUCGAACUCCAGUCGCCGGACCCCACUCAGAGGAGCUACAUCUUCGCCACCGAAUCCGACAUGGACAAGAAACGAUGGCUCGCCGCCCUCGAAUACUCGAUCGAUCGAUGGAUAAAGAUUGGUUGACACAGGCCGAUACACCGCACAAGGAGGCAAAGAAGUCGAAGCAACGAGGACACGUUGCGGUGUCCCUCGCCCGUUCCCGUAUCCGGUUCCUAACGAACAUUGUCGCGAAUCACGAACUCGCCCACCAUCGUCAUCGUCGUCACGAUCGCCGCGCGGAAAUUCAUCACGUGGAUCAUCUCGCAACUACUCGUCAAAUUCGCGAUUCUCCAGAAGUCCAAGCAUUAUUAUUAACAUUAUCGACAUUCAUUUCAACGCGAUGGUUCUCAUGUGUAUCAACAAAGGACACCAAUCUUUUUCACACGCCGCCGUUUCGGGACGCGUAACUAGAACUCACUAGCUCGUACCACGGGACUUAACAAAUUUAUUGCACGAACUUUCGAAGCCACCUGUAACGAUAAUAUUGUCGUUUUUAAUGAUAAUCGAAUCCGUCGGCACCGAUAACGCCAGUAUCACAUUGCAAAGUCGCUAAACUUUUCGCCACGUGAACGAACCAGGUACGCGUUUCCUGAAAUUUUGUACAGAUUUUCGUCGACGAUCCAUCAUCCUCCGUGCUCCCAAAUCUCGUCUUUUAGCUGUGGAUAUCUCCGAUUCUCUUCGAGUACGACGAUCUUAUUGUUACACACGAUCACCGUUCGCGGGAUAUUAAGCCAGAUUUCAAGUCGCAGGAGUGGGGGCUAGGGCACGCGACGCGCCGUAUAACGAGUGUACAUUAUAAUUCUGAACUACGAAGUGGACGGUGCAAUGCCGACAUAAUACAAUAGGAAGGGGAACAUCCGUUACGCUUCCCACUACUCCGUACAGGUGUCCCGGCGCUUCACGUGACCUACCCCCACUCCUUCGAUUCGAAAUCUGACUUAAUCUGCAGCGAGCAGUGCGCACGAUCAAUCCACACGUUUUGUCAGUCUAAGUGUCGGUAAAUGAUAUUUUACGAUCAUUCGUAGUUCUCUUCGUAGCGUUAUAUUUCUCUGACGACGAAACAUUUUCACUUACAGGGCUGGGAUUUAGCGAGAAAUCAUUUGCCACGCUAGGAAUUGUUCACGAAUAAAACUGUACGGAGAUUAUUAGCUGCUAAUAAGUUGAGUGUUCGGCAACAGAAAGACAUUCGCUAAGAUUUAAACCAAUAUACGAUUAAAUAAUGAAAGAUAUUAAUAAAGAAACACGAUCGAUGAACACAAAUACGACGACAACUAUUAACAGCUAGUAAGUCCAAUGUAAAUACAAUGCGUUUUUAUCAACGUAAGCUGUUUCUUGCUAAAUCGAUACCCUCGUAAAGCGUUCGUUUUGCGUGAUUAAGUGUGCAUUAUGUACAAUUUUAACGCUUCAAGCAACGUUUCUCAAAAUUAUAAUUAUUUCCUAGCUGUCGAUAUCGUAAUCAUACGGAAACUUAAAUGUGAAAUCAAUGAAGUUUCGUUUGUAAGUCGUGUGAAAGUACUCAUUUUGUUUUCGUUGUUUUAUGUAAUUGUGCAGUAGACGAAACAUUUACGGAUCGCGCUUGCCGAUUUUUGUGAAGUUUUGAAACACUACGAUAUUAAAUGUUCGUCAAAUGUUUAGUGAAAUUUUCUCUACCGGAUCCCAAAUGUACCGACCUUCUCUGUUCCGUUUUCUACGUUCACUUCUCGCAGUCCUCGAACGACACCGCGUCAUUUAAUUUAUUUUAAUUUAAUUUAGCCUAAGUAAUUUAAUUUUAAUUUAUAAAACGUCUUUACCACAUCGAAAGUGAACUGUGUAUAUAAAUGUAUAUAGGGUGAGCCGAGGAAAACGAAGCAUAGGAUUAUAGAAUAGGAGAACGUGUACCACGAGUAACUGCAUAGAUGACGUAGAUUCCUGAAACAACCCUAACGAAGCAAUAUAUAUAUAUAUAUAUAUAUAUAUAUAUAUACAUAUAUAUGUAAUUUCUUGUUUCUCAAUGAAUUGUAGUUGUUUUUGUCCUCAGAAUCGGUGAAUCUUUCGUCGAGAAAGAAUGAUCAUCAACAAUUUAUGCCAAUUAUCAUCAACGUUUCUGUUUCCUCUUAUGCUCUGUUAAUUGACACAACAAAUUACAAUUACUUGGAUCGCUUCAAGAAACGAAAUGUUACUAUUUCAUUUGACUGACCACGCGUUGACCGUCGAUUCUGUUAACCAUUCUCUCUGAAGAUUCGUUCGUAUCUUCGCGCGACGAUAUUAUUUAAAACUAUUAUUCUCGGCUGGUUCGAAAACACGACAUCUGCACCGAAAAAAAUUACGGCUGUAAGGUAAUCGUUGAAUUUACGGUUCGUUUCUGUUUACAUUGUCAUUAUUCUUUUAAGGAGAUACUACGUUAUUUUUUCAUUGGAGUAGUUUUCGUUGUUUGUUUACUAUUUAUUGAUUGACUUAUGUGACUGACUUUCCUCCCGAUCUUCACCCGAACUUGUACACGCACGAUCUGUACCAUCCGCGUUACACCCUAUUUGUUGUUCCCCGUGGAGGCUAUUAUUUCAUUGAAAUUACGUUGUCGCUAAUUGUAAGUGUGCUCGUCGUUAUUAUACCUCAUUAAUAAACGAACUGAACGCAACAUG